UUAUUCAGUGUUAAAUGAAAAUUGUUCAUUGAAGUGAAAGAAAAUGAAGCAAGCAGUUGUUUUAAUCGCGAUUCUCGCUGUCCUGUCACACUAUGUCAGUGCAGACAAAAUAAACGAUUCUAAUCCUGAUGAAGGUGAAGAUGUAGUCGCAAUGAAAAUCGAAAGUAGCAUAACUCCAAGACUUGGGCAAAUCGAGGGCAACCGUUUCAUAAUCAGUUUAUGGCCGAUGAAUUGGUUCACUGCCUAUGGUUUCUGUAGUCAACAGAAUGCGACACUUCUCUCAUUGGAGUUGGGGCCAUAUGAUAUGAAAAAGCAAGGGUUUAUUGAUUUUAUUAACUUUUACCAUCUUCAAUCUCAUGAAUACUGGCUAUACGGUAAUCGACUGGAAGAUGAUGUAACCUUCCGUUGGGGUUUGGGUGGCGUGCCAGUAUCCUAUACCGAUUGGAAUCCCGGUCAGCCUGACAACGCAAGAGGAACACAACGUUGCAUGAGAUUAUUUCCAUUUAUGACAUGGGAUGAUGAAGACUGUGUUGCCAAAUUUUAUGCUGCAUGUCAAAAGUAUUAAUUGUGGCCCGGCUUUUUUGCAAUUAUAAAUUGCUAUUUACAUGUAGACCUAAUUUAAUCAUCCUUAUUAAAAGCAAACAUAUAAAUUA